AAAAAGAAAUUGAAAAUGGGAAAAAUUGUGUUGUAUGGUUUGGACCCCAGCCCACCAGCCGGGACGGUACCGGCACUAUUGGAUGACGGUCAUGCCAUUUCGGAUUCACACGCCAUCAACGCUUACUUGGCAAGCAAAUAUGGUAAAGACGACUCCCUCUACCCGAAAGAUCUGCUAAAGCGUGCGGUUGUCGAUCACCGUUUGUACUUUGACACGGGUGUAGUCUUUGAACGUGCCCUACGUGCAACAACACUACCUAUUUUCCUGAAUAAUGAAACAGAUGUGCCGCAAAAAAAGAUCGAUGAAAUCGCUGAAGUGUAUGCUACAGUGAAUAAGUUCUUGGAGGACCAUCCCUAUGUUGCCGGUGAUAACCUCACUAUUGCGGAUCUAUCGCUGAUUUCAUCGAUCUCCACUCUGCAGGUGUAUUUAGAGAGCGAUGCCGUUAAUUAUCCAAAUUUGUUUGCGUGGAUCAAACGCUUGGAGCAGCUGCCCUACUAUGAGGAAGCGAACGGCAAAGGGCUUAAACAAUUAACUGAUAUGCUUAAGGAGAAGAAUAUAAAAAUCGUCCCUUAAACAGACCUUCCACAGUCGUAUUUCUGUUUGUUCUGUGCGUCGAACAAUCGAAUUACAUUUGACCACUAUCGAGUACAAACAUUUCUUGCGAACAUCAUUUGUAAAACGUGUAAACAUUUCAGUAUUUUCAAUCUAGUAAAACUUUUGCCAAAUAAGGUUCGUUCGAUCAUUGAAAUCAAUUGUCGAAUAUUUUCGCUCGAACACAGACAAGAUAGAAUAAUUUCUAUUUUCUCGAACAAAAUUGAAAAUUCGAACACUGCCAUCAAUUAUGAAAAUUAAUUUGUAGAAACGACCACAUUCGACUGUGAAUGGACUGCUUUAAUUAUUGCAAUAUGUUAUUUAAUU